AUGGGAAAUUCGGAUCGUGACAAAUAUGGAGUAACUCAUAAAACAGGAACUCCAUUUCAUGCUCAAACAAGCGGACUAGUUUUUGAAAAAGCUUGUUAUUUACCUGUGGAAUUAGAACAUAAAGCAUAUUGGGAUAUAAAAUUGUUGAAUCUAAACUUGCCAGAUGCAGGUAAAAAUCAUCUAUUGCAGCUUGAUGAGUUGGAAGAGUUCAGGUUUACAGCAUAUGAAAAUGCUAAAUUGUACGAGGAAAAGACAAAAAAAUGGCAUGACAAGCUCAUCCGCCAGAAAGAUUUUAAAGUUGGAGAUCAUGUUCUGUUGUACAAUAGCCGAUUGAGAUUAUUUCCAGGAAAGUUUAAGUCACGCUGGACAGGACCAUAUACAGUAACAUGA